AGAGAAAGAAACAUGUCAGAGAUAUAGAGCGAGAAACAAGGCGCGAGAGGCCGUCCGAAACAACAGAGAAAACACGCUGCAUUUCCUUUCUUCUUCUCUUUUGCUCUAAGCCUUUUCUUUUCAACUCCCAAUUUAUAGGGCAAAAUCUAAGAUUCAAGACCGCCUCGAUCAUCUAUAAGAAAAUUGUUUGACUGGCAUUUUCGAUUGUCCACAGAUUAAUCCAGCAUACACAUAAUUAGAUUUGUUCCUCUGAAUUAGAAGGAGGCGAUUGAAUAUAUCCACACCUCGGAUCCUGCCGCUCUUAAUCCCUAAUUUGUCACCAGUUGAUCGCAUUUUAUUUUGGUUUUGGAUUUUGGCCGUGUCGAAUCUUUUAUUUCGGGUAAAUAAAUCCGGGGGAUGAGCUGGGAGAUCCUUCUAGAUUAUGUCUAGAAGGGUUCGUGUUUGAGAUCUGAUUGUUGAUGUUUGGUAAAAUUGAAAUAUUGGCUCUCGGAUGAGAGAGCUGCCUUGUUUGACAUAUUUUUAUCAUCUGUUCCAAUUAGCUGAGACAUCUGCUCAUAUAUGUUCGGAAAUUCAAGUGGAAACAAAACGAUGAAAUGGGUAACAUUGCUUAAAGAAUUCAAGGAAAAAGUCGGUCUUUCAUCGCCUCCGGAAUCGGCACCAACAACUCCGUCCCCGCCGCCCCCGAGGGAUAGAAUCAGCAGCAGCAGCAAUGCUAACGAUUUUUUGUCGCCAACCAGCCCAGAAUAUUUGUCAUUUGCAUCGCCUUUAAGCAGAGACAAAGAUGAGCUGGAAUUGGAUUUCAAGAGAUGCUGGGAAGUGUUUCGUUCCUCCAAUUCCGAAAAGGAAAAGGAGAGGGCCUUGACAUGGACUGUAGAAUUUUUUUGUAGAUUAGAGAGGGAACACAAUGAUGUUGCCCAAUUAAUUUCCAUAUUGGUAGAGACGCACAUUUUUUCGUUUGUUGUGGGAAGGGCUUUUGUAACCGAUGUAGACAAGCUGAAGCUUAGCAGUAAAACGAGAGCUCUUGAAGCUGAGAAAGUUUUAUUAUUUUUCUCAGAAAUUACAAAGGAUGGCAUUGCACCUGGUGCAAAUCUGUUACAUGCAGUGGAAGUCCUUGUUUCCGGGCCAGUUGAUAAACAAUCAUUUCUUGAUUCUGGGAUCUUUUGCUGUCUUAUUCAUGUCCUAAAUACUCUUCUUGCUCCUGAUGGUAGCAGUCAUUUAAAAAAGUCAAAUCACAAUGAAGACUUGUCUACAUUUGAUGAAAAUGAUGACAGAACCAGACCUGCUCGCAAGCUUGAGGUUGAAGGCAGUGUUGUACAUAUUAUGAAAGCAUUGGCUAGCCAUCCUUUAGCUGCUCAAAGUCUGAUAGAAGAUAACUCACUUCAAUUACUGUUUAACAUGGUUGCCAAUGGUUCUUUGGUGGUUUUCUCUCAAUUCAAAGAAGGUCUAGUUCCUCUGCAUGCCAUUCAGCUUCAUAGACAUGCUAUGCAGAUCCUCAGUCUUCUUUUGGUUAACGACAAUGGUUGCACUGCCAAGUACAUACGCAGGCAUCAUCUGAUUAAAGUUCUCCUAAUGGCCGUGAAGGAUUUCAACCCAGAUUGCGGGGAUCCAGCCUACACUAUGGGCAUUGUAGACUUGCUUCUUGAAUGUGUGGACUUAUCUUACAGACCUGAGGCUGGUGGUAUCAGGCUCAGAGAGGAUAUUCACAAUGCUCAUGGCUAUCAGUUCCUGGUUCAUUUUGCCUUGACUCUGUCAAAAAAUCGAUCUGGCCAAACUUUCUAUUCCAUUACAUCUGAAGAUUCUUCUUCAGGCAGUUUACAUGAAGAUGAGGGGGUGGAGGGAAGGAGCUCAAUCGAAGAAGUAGUAUUAAAGAACUCGCCACACAGUCUCUCACCAACACUUUGUAGGCUCCUUGAUGUCAUUAUUAAUUUCUCCCAGAUAGGUCCCUCAGAAGCUUCAAAAAGUUCUAAACUGCAUGGAAAAGGCCAUACAUCAUCUAGUGAUGGAGCAGUGGGGGAAACUUGGGAGAAGGAUGACAGCCAAGUAAGAGAUUUAGAAGCCGUACAAAUGCUGCAGGACAUUUUAAUUAAAGCAGAAAGUACUGAACUGCAGACCAAAGUGUUGAAUAGAAUUUUUAAGAUAUUCUCAGGUCAUCCUGAAAACUACCAAAUGUGUCAGCAAUUGAGAACUGUUCCCCUCUUGAUCCAAAACAUGGCUGGUUUUCCUUUGUCUUUACAAGAGAUAAUCUUGAAAAUUCUUGAAUACGCAGUUACUGUAGUUAAUAUCAUCCCUGAACAAGAGUUGCUAUCUCUUUGCUGCUUAUUGCAGCAAAAACGAUCUGCUGAACUGAAUCAGACAAUUCUCUCCUUUCUUGUGAAACUCCUAUCAUUUGACCAACAGUACAAGAAAAUCCUAAGAGAACUUGGUAUGUUGGAGUUUCUAUUGGAUGAUCUAAAGCAGCAUAAUUUUUUCCUAGGGACUGAGCAGCUAAUUGGUGUCCAUGGUCAACUGGAGAGAAAAACUAGCCCUAGCAGCUUCAACAAGCACCUGGACAUAGAGGGUGCAAUUCUUUCUUCACCAAGACUCUUAGAAUCCGAUUCUGGGAAAUUCCCUCUUUUUGAGGUAGAGGGGACGAUCUCUGCUGCUUGGGAUUGUUUAGUCUCGUUAUUAAAGAAAUCAGAAGCUAAUCAAGCAUCAUUUCGUUCUGCUAAUGGUGUCUCUGUUGUACUUCCUCUUUUGGCUUCUGACGUACACCGCCCUGGUACCCUGAGGGUUUUGUCAUGUUUGAUAAUCGAGGAUGUCAAACAAGCUCAUUCGGAAGAAUUGGGUACUGUGGUUGAAAUUUUGAAAAGUGGAAUGGUCACAAGUGAUUCUGGAUCUCAAUACGCACUUAGAGAUGAUGCAAAAUGUGAUGCUUUUGGAACAUUAUGGCGCAUAUUAGGAGUUAAUGGCUCAGCUCAGAGAGUUUUUGGCGAAGCAACUGGGUUUUCUCUUUUAUUAUCCACACUUCACGCUUUUCAGAAUGACAGUGAACAGAAAAUCCAGCCAUUGAUGUCUACAAGGGCCAAGGUGUUUACAUAUGUGAUGCGUGCGAUGACAGCAGGGGUUUCUGGUAAUGCAGUGAAUCGGAUGAAACUGCACACAAUAUUGGCAUCACAUACCUUUUCUGAUCUUUUAUGUGAUUCUGGACUCAUUUGUGUUGACUAUGAACGCCAAGUCAUACAAUUGUUUCUGGAACUUGCUGUAGAGUUAGUUCUUCCACCAUUUUUAACAUCUGAUGCAGCAACAGUAACUAGUGAGAUGCAAAAUGAAACAACUAGUUUUCCUUUGAUUACACCAUCAGGUUCCUUCAUUCCUGAAAAGGAACGUGUGUACAAUGCUGCUGCUAUCAGAGUGCUCAUACGUGGCUUAUUGCGGUGCACUCCAAAGGUGCAACUUGAAUUGCUUAACCUUAUCGAAAAACUUGCUUGUGGUAGCUCCUUCAAUAAAGAAAACCUCACAUCUGUAGGUUGUGUACAACUUCUUUUGGAGACUAUUUAUCCCUUCAUUUCUAGUGCUUCUCUUUUGGUUUCCCAUUCUUUGAAGAUUGUUGAAGUCCUUGGUGCCUACAGGCUAUCAGUUCCAGAACUUAGAAUUCUUAUCAGAUAUAUAUUUCAAAUGAGAGUAAAAAGUUCUGGUCGCUGUCUUGUUGAAAUGAUGGAGAGAUUGAUCCUUCUAGAAGAUAUGGGCUCAGACGAUGUAUCUCUUGCGCCUUUUGUAGAGUUGGACAUGAGCAAGACUGGACAUGCUUCCAUACAAGUGCCAUUAGGGGAAAGGUCAUGGCCUCCAGCUGCUGGUUAUUCUUUUGUGUGCUGGUUUCAAUUCCGAAAUUUUCUAAAGCCAUCAGCAAGGGAGACUGAUCCUAAAGCUAAUUAUUCUAGAAGGCGCGGCUCAUCAAUAGGACAGCAACUUGGAUCCCAAGUUCUUCGAAUAUUCUCUGUUGGGUCUGUUGAAAACGGAAAUACUUUUUAUGCAGAACUACUUUUGCAGGAUGAUGGACUUAUAACCCUUGCAACAAGUAACACUUCCUCCUUGACCUUUUCUGGGCUAGAAAUGGAGGAGGGUAGGUGGCAUCACCUAGCAGUUGUGCACAGCAAACCAAAUGCUUUGGCUGGGCUAUUCCAAGCUAGUGUAGCUUAUGUAUAUGUUAAUGGAAAACUGAGGCACACUGGGAAACUUGGAUACUCUCCCUCUCCUGCGGGUAAGUCUCUACAGGUAAAUAUUGGGACACCAGUCGCCUGUGCAAAGGUUAAUGAUUUGUCAUGGAAACUCAGAUCUUGCUACCUAUUUGAAGAGGUACUUUCACCAGGUUCCAUAUGUUUUAUGUACAUUCUUGGAAGGGGAUAUAGAGGGCUUUUCCAGGAUAGCAACCUGUUGCAAUUUGUUCCAAAUCAGGCAUGUGGAGGGGGCAGUAUGGCUAUUUUAGAUUCUCUAGAUACAGAGUUACCUUUGACUGCUAACAAGCAAAAGCCUGAGAGUGCUGGCAAACAAGGCGUCACUAAAGUGGAUCAAAGUGGAAUUGUUUGGGAUUCUGAUAAAUUAGGAAACCUAUCACUGCAUUUGUGGGGCAAGAGACUGAUAUUUGCAUUUGAUGGGACGAGUACAGAAAUGUUCAGAGCAUCUGGAACCUUAUCCAUGCUCAAUCUAGUCGAUCCUCUUUCAGUUGCCGCUUCUCCUAUAGGGGGGAUACCACGCUUUGGCAGACUUGUUGGAGAUAUAUAUGUUUGUAAGCAAUGUGUCAUUGGUGAUACUAUACGCCCCAUUGGUGGCAUGUCUGUUGUACUUGCACUUGUUGAAGCCGCUGAAACAAGGGACAUGCUUCACAUGUCGUUGACAAUGCUUGCAUGUGCGCUUCAUCAGAAUCCUCAGAACAUCAGAGACAUGCAGAAGUACCGAGGCUACCACUUGCUAGCUCUUUUUCUUCAGCGCAAAAUGUCAUUGUUCGACAUGCAUUCACUUGAGAUCUUUUUCCAAAUUGCCGCAUGUGAGGCUUCAUUCUCUGAACCAAGAAAAAUUGAAAUGGUGCAUAACAACCUCUCACCAGCAGGCACCAUUAAUGAGUCCAGCUUUAAUGAUAUUACUUUGUCGAAGUUCCGUGAUGAAUUUUCGUCAGUUGGGUCUCCAGGGGAUAUUGAUGACUUUUCUGCAAAAGAUUCAUUCAGUCAUAUAUCAGAGUUGGAAAAUACAGACAUGCAGACAGUUACAUCUAAUUGCAUUGUUCUGUCUAAUGCUGAUAUGGUUGAGCAUGUGUUGCUGGAUUGGACCCUUUGGGUGAAAGCUCCAGUCCCAAUCCAAAUUUCUUUACUUGGAUUUCUCGAGCAUCUUGUCUCCAUGCAUUGGUACAGAAAUCACAAUCUGACAAUUCUUCGUAGAAUUAAUCUUGUUCAGCAUUUGCUUGUUACCCUGCAGAGGGGCGAUGUUGAAGUGCCAGUGCUAGAAAAGUUGGUUGUUCUGCUGGGUGUCAUUUUGGAGGAUGGGUUUCUUCCUUCUGAACUGGAGCUAGUUGUGAGGUUCGUGAUUAUGACAUUCGAUCCUCCUGAGCUAACAUCUUGUGUUCAUAUUAUUCGAGAAUCAAUGGGGAAGCAUAUCAUUGUAAGAAAUAUGUUACUUGAGAUGCUAAUUGAUCUUCAGGUGACAAUUCACUCAGAGGAGUUACUUGAGCAGUGGCAUAAAUUGGUUUCGUCAAAAUUAAUCACAUAUUUUCUUGAUGAGGCUGUUCAUCCUACCAGCAUGAGGUGGAUCAUGACUCUUUUGGGUGUGUGUCUGACGUCAUCUCCUACAUUUGCACUUAAAUUUCGGGCAAGUGGAGGCUAUCAAGGUUUGGCAAGGGUGCUCCCAAGUUUCUACGAUUCUCCUGAUAUAUAUUACAUUUUGUUUUGUCUGAUAUUUGGUAAGCCUGUAUAUCCGAGAUUGCCAGAAGUGCGCAUGCUUGACUUUCAUGCACUCAUGCCAAGUGACAGUAGCUAUAUAGAGUUGAAAUUUGUAGAACUUCUCGAAUCUGUUAUUGCCAUGGCAAAAUCAACAUUUGAUAGGUUAUGCAAGCAAUCAACACUUGCCUAUCAAACCGGAAAUAUUUCUCAUGUUGGUGCUAGCCUUGUAGCAGAACUCACGGAUGAACAUGUGGACGUGUCUGGGGAGCUCCAAGGUGAAGCUCUCAUGCACAAAACUUAUGCUGCUCGCUUGAUGGGUGGAGAGGCAUCAGCUCCUGCUGCUGCUACUUCAGUUCUCAGAUUCAUGGUUGAUCUUGCAAAAAUGUGUCUUCCCUUUUCUGCUGUCUGCAGACGUGUGGAGUUUCUUGAAAUCUGCAUCGACCUCUAUUUUUCCUGUGUCAGGGCUGCACAUGCUGUGAGGAUGGCCAAGAAACUUUCUGUAAAAACAGAAGACAAGAAUCUGAAUGAUGGUGAAGAAGAUGGCAGUAGCUCCCACAAUACCUUUUCUAGCUUGCCUCAAGAACAUGAGAUUUCAGCAAAGACCUCUAUUAGCAUAGGGAGCUUUGCCCAUGGGAAUGUUAGUACUAGUUCAGAGGAUAUUCCUGUUUUCCCAAAUAAUGUGGCUAGUGAAAAACCAGAUAUUGGUACUGUGGAAACACAAUACCAGCCACUGAAAGAAGAUGGACAAGCAGUGAGGAACAUUGAUGUUGAAGCAGUUGAGCAGGCAUCCCUUGCCACUUCUGGCAGCAAUGAGUUCAGUUUUCAUGAUACAAAAAGUACAUCAGAUCCUAGUCAUCAAAAGGAUUUGCAUAGUACUUUGUCUACCACUAUGCUGGAAUCUCCCAUUAUGUCUGAAAAAGCUAAUUCCAUGAUCUCGCCAACCUCUUCUUCUCCAGUUUUAGCUUUGACAUCUUGGCUGGGGAGUUCCAGUCGAAAUGAUCGAAGAUCCCAGUCAACUCGAUCCAUGGAUUCUUAUGUAUCAUUGAAUGAUACCAAUUACACUCCAGAUUUCAAGCCUUCUGAUCAGACUAAACCUGAUACAAGCAUGUUAGCAAUCAGUCCGAUGCUUCUGCUGGAAGUUGAUGAUUGUGGUUAUGGAGGUGGUCCAUGUUCCGCUGGUGCCACUGCAGUAUUAGAUUUUGUAGCAGAAGUUCUUGCUGAUUUUCUCACUGAGCAAAUGAAAGCUGCAUCAGUUGUUGAGAUUGUGCUGGAAAGUGUACCUCAGUAUGCUGAUGCUGAAUCUGUUUUAGUUUUUCAGGGCUUAUGCCUUGCUAAAGUAAUGAACUUUCUUGAGAGACGUCUCUUGCGUGAUGAUGAGGAAGAUGAGAAGAAGUUAGAUAAGACCAGGUGGUCCUUAAAUCUGGAUGCACUGUCCUGGAUGAUAGUUGAUCGUGUAUACAUGGGAGCUUUUCCUCAGCCAUCUAGUGUAUUGAAGACUCUGGAGUUUCUGUUAUCCAUGUUGCAGUUGGCAAAUAAAGAUGGACGGAUUGAAGAAACAAUUCCAACUGGCAGGCUCCUUUCUAUUGGGAGAGGAAGCAGACAACUUGAUACUUACAUACAGGCUCUCUUUAAGAAUACAAAUCGCAUGAUACUGUUCUGUUUCCUUCCAUCGUUCUUACUCACCAUAGGGGAAGAUGAUCUUCUUUCGCGCCUGGGCCUGCUGAAUGAGCCCAAGAAAAGAUUGUUUGUGUACCCAUCACCAGAGGAAGAAGGGGUUGACAUUUUCACUGUGUUGCAGUUACUGGUUGCUCACAGGAGAAUAAUAUUUUGUCCCAGUAAUCUUGAGACGGAUCUGAACUGCUGUCUUUGCAUAAAUUUAAUAUCCCUUAUCCACGAUCAUAGGCAGAAUGUCCAAAAUGCAGCUGUUGAUAUUCUCAAGUAUCUUUUGAUACAUCGAAGGGCCGCACUUGAAGAGUUUUUUGUUUCUAAACAUAACCAAGGAUCUUCAUUGGAUGUUUUGCAUGGUGGUUUUGAUAAGCUUUUGACUGGAAACUUACCUGGAUUUUUUGAUUGGUUUCAUAAUUCUCAGUCGGUUGUUAAUAAAGUGUUGGAACAGUGUGCUGCCAUUAUGUGGGUGCAAUAUAUUACAGGGUCAGCAAAGUUUCCUGGAGUUAGGAUAAAGGGCAUGGAUAGUCGCCGUAAAAGAGAUAUGGCAAAAAAAACAAGGGAUACAUCAAAAGUGGAGCAUAAACAUUGGGAGCAGGUGAAUGAACGGAGAAUUGCACUUGAACUGGUUCGUGAUGCCAUGGCUACUGAGCUGCGUGUUAUUCGUCAGGAUAAGUAUGGAUGGGUGCUUCACGCCGAAAGUGAGUGGCAAACUCACCUCCAACAACUUGUGCAUGAGCGAGGAAUAUUUCCGAUCAGCAGAUCUUCUAUGAGUGAGGAGGAGCCUGAGUGGUAUCUUUGCCCCAUUGAAGGCCCAUAUAGGAUGCGGAAAAAGCUUGAACGGUGUAAACUAAAGAUUGAUACAAUUGAAAAUGUUCUGAAUGCACAAUUUCUGUUAGAGGAAGGAGAACUGUCCAAGGAGAAAACUGAAGAUGGAGAUCAUGCCUCUAAUACUCAAUCAGAUUCUUUUUUACGUCUAUUAACUGCGAAGCCAAAUGAUGAAUCUUUUAGUUCUGAAUUAUAUGAUGCAUCAACUUUCAGAGAAUCAGAAGAUGCUAGGGAUAUAGCCUUUUCUGGGGUCGGAUGGAACGAUGAUCGUGAUAGUAGCAUAAAUGAAGCAAGUCUGCAUUCAGCUACAGAAUUUGGUGUCAAGUCAAGUUCUGGAUCAACUCUAAGAGCUGAAAGUGUUCUAGGAAAGUCUGAGUUAGGCUCUCCAAGGCAAUCUUCUUCUGCAAGAAUUGAUGAAGGCAGAGUGGCAGAGGAUAAAUCAGAUAAAGAACUAAAUGAUAAUGGUGAACACUUGAUCAGACCAUAUCUCGAACCAUUUGAAAGGAUCAAGUAUAAAUACAAUUGUGAAAGGGUUGUGGGCCUUGACAAACAUGAUGGCAUAUUUUUGAUAGGGGAAUUGUCCCUGUAUGUCAUUGAGAACUUUUACAUUGAUGAUUCUGGGUGUAUAUGCGAAAAAGAGAGCGAAGAUGACCUCUCUGUCAUUGAUCAGGCUUUGGGUGUAAAGAAAGAUUUUUCCAUUUGCAUGGAUUCUCAAUCCAAAUCAACUCUGUCGUGGAGUUCUACAGUGAAAGCUUAUGCUGGGGCUAGGGCCUGGGCAUACAAUGGUGGUGUCUGGGGGAAGGAAAAAGAGGGGAGUAGUGGUAAUGUGCCUCAUCUUUGGCAUAUGUGGAAGCUUGACAGUGUCCAUGAGCUUCUAAAGCGUGAUUAUCAGCUUCGGCCAGUUGCCAUUGAGAUUUUCAGCAUGGAUGGUUGCAAUGACCUAUUGGUUUUCCACAAAAAAGAACGAGAAGAAGUUUUCAGAAAUCUGGUAGCCAUGAAUCUACCUAGGAACAGCAUGUUAGAUUCCACAAUCUCUGGUUCAACCAAACAAGAUAGCAAUGAAGGUAGCCGUCUAUUCAAGGUUAUGGCAAAGUCCUUCUCCAAGAGAUGGCAAAAUGGAGAAAUUAGCAAUUUUCAGUACAUCAUGCAUCUCAACACACUAGCUGGCCGUGGAUACAGUGAUCUUACGCAGUAUCCUGUGUUUCCUUGGGUGCUGGAAGAUUAUGACAGUGAAACCCUUAAUUUCUCAGAUCCAAAAACCUUCCGGAAACUUGAUAAACCAAUGGGAUGCCAAUCAUUAGAAGGAGAGGAGGAGUUCAGGAAGAGAUACGAUAGCUGGGAUGAUCCAGAGGUCCCCAAGUUCCAUUAUGGUUCUCAUUAUUCUAGCGCUGGGAUAGUUCUCUUCUACCUCCUCCGCUUGCCUCCCUUCAGUUCAGAGAACCAAAAGUUGCAGGGUGGGCAAUUUGAUCACGCUGAUCGUCUUUUCAACAGUAUACGGGAUACGUGGUUGAGUGCUGCUGGGAAAGGCAACACUUCCGAUGUCAAGGAACUAAUUCCAGAGUUCUUCUACAUGCCUGAAUUUCUGGAGAACAGAUUCGAGCUUGACUUGGGUGAGAAACAAUCAGGAGAGAAGGUUGGUGAUGUUGUCUUGCCACCAUGGGCCAAUGGCAGUGCUAGGGAGUUUAUCAAGAAGCACAGGGAAGCUUUGGAGUCUGAUUAUGUUUCAGCGCAUCUGCAUCACUGGAUAGAUCUUAUUUUUGGAUAUAAACAAAGAGGGAAGGCUGCUGAGGAAGCUGUUAACGUCUUCUACCAUUAUACUUAUGAAGGCAGUGUUGACAUUGAUUCAGUUGCAGAUCCGGCUAUGAAAGCUUCAAUACUAGCACAGAUUAAUCACUUUGGACAAACACCAAAACAACUCUUCCAGAAGCCCCACGUCAAGAGACGAACAGAUAGAAUGCAUCUCCCUCAUCCACUUCGGCAUUCUCCGCUGCUUGUUCCUCAUGAGAUUCGCAAGAGCUCGUCUCCUAUAUCUCAAAUUGUGAAUUUUGGCGACAAGAUUCUUAUUGCUGGUGCAAAUAAUUUGCUAAAACCUAGAACGUAUUCUAAAAAUGUUGCAUGGGGUUUUCCUGAUCGGAGCUUGAGAUUCGUGACAUAUGAUCAAGAAAGGCUUAUUUCUACUCACGAAGAUCUUCACGUGGGCAGCCAGAUCCAGUGUGUUGGUGCGACCCAUGAUGGUCAGAGUUUGGUUACUGGGGCUGACGAUGGCUUGGUCUGUGUUUGGAGACUUGGCAAAGACGGACCUCGUGGAGUUCAACACCUGCAGUUGGAGAAGGCUCUUUGUGGUCAUACUGGUAAAAUCACCUGCCUUCAUGUUAGCCAACCCUACAUGAUGAUUGUGAGUGGUUCUGAGGACUGCUCAGUGAUCAUAUGGGAUCUGAGCUCGUUGGUUUUCGUGAGGCAGCUGCCCGAGUUCCCUUCACCGAUAUCAGCAAUCUACGUGAAUGACCUGACAGGAGAAAUUUUGACUGCAGCAGGCGUGAUACUCGCUGUUUGGAGCAUCAACGGUGAUUGCCUCGCAGUGGUGAACACAUCACAACUCCCGUCGGAUUCGAUCCUCUCCCUCACAGCUAGUACUUUCUCAGACUGUCAAGAUACACAGUGGUAUGUAUCCGGUCACCAAAGUGGCGCAGUCAAAGUGUGGAAGAUGGUUCACUCUUCGAGCGAGGAGUCGAGCAAAGCCAAACAAAACACCAGCCCCAGAGCUGGCCUGGGACUCGGAACUAAACUUCCCGAGUAUCGGUUGAUCCUACACAAGGUGCUGAAGUCCCACAAAUUACCAGUCACGGCCCUUCACCUGUCAAACGACCUAAAACAGUUACUGAGCGGGGAUUCGGGAGGCCACCUUCUUUCGUGGACGAUACCAGACGAUCGCUUGAGAUCCUUAAUGAACCAUGGCUGAUGAGAGCAAGUGCGAAUGGUGGUCGAAUCCUCCUUUCGUUUACAGGCAGAUCGGGUCUCUUGGAAUGACUUUGACAGAGGAAGAAACUAACCAAGAUGACAAUGCCAGCUGCGCCUGUGUUCUGCAAGGAUGAACGAGAGGUCAACCUCAGAUACGUGGCGGAAUACGCGUGGUCGGGGCUCGGGGUUGCUGCAGGUGGAUUGCAACAGCAAGAGUGUGGAAGGCGUGGUUUUUGACACUGUAAAAUUAUCUUGUACAGAUAUAUGUGUGUGUUUGCACGGAUUGUAAGUCUCUGCUAAUCUUAUUAACAACGGAGAGACCCCACCAUCUUAGCCAUGCUCCAUUUUUUUGUUGUGAAAUGAGUGUAAAUGAACAGUGCAUAUAUAUAUCUUAACUUGUGAGGGUGUUA